CACUCCCCUCUCGUACACACUGUCCUCAAAACCUCCAGCGGCAUUACCCGCAUCGGUCCGUGUGUGCUGAGCCGACAAGGAGGAGGUGGGAUCUAGCUAACUUACUGGUGGUAGUGGUCUAGGAAACGUUUACGUGCGAAACGUGCAGAUUGCCAACCACGAAUCCUGUUGCCAACGACGUUUUUUGGGAGGGGGAAAUCACAACGCGAAAGCCCCUCGAGGCACCCCCUCCCUAUCCAAACCUUCAUCUACCACUGUAAGCUACCUUCUUUAUUUCUCGCCGUUUUUUGCCCUCUGUCCUCAACUCACACACCCAGCGAGGCUCCCGGUCAUCACAACCGUUAACAUCACAGUCGGGUGGAGGCUGUGUGAUGAGGUCGCCGUGCAGCUGCAGCAGAGUUUUGUUGGUGUUAAGAUAAGGUAUUGGGUUUCUUUUUGGUCGCCAGGACAGUCUUCGCUUUCAGUCUGCUCGCCUUUUCAAAAACCUGCAAGCACCCCGAGUGUGUGAAGAAAUAACAUAACUGAAGAACAAAGCUAGCGCUGCUCCUCGGGCUGAGGGAACUGCGGAAUAUCCAUGAGCUCCGAUUUCCCGCACUACAGUUUCAGGAUGCCAAAUAUAGGGUUCCAGAACCUUCCCCUCAAUAUCUACAUUGUGGUGUUUGGGACAGCCAUCUUUGUCUUCAUCCUCAGCCUACUCUUCUGUUGCUACUUAAUAAGGUUACGGCACCAGGCGCACAAAGAACUAUAUGCAUACAAACAAGUCAUUCAGAAGGAAAAAGUCAAAGAGCUAAAUUUGCAUGAGAUAUGUGCGGUGUGCUUGGAGGAGUUCAAACAGAAAGAUGAGCUGGGGAUUUGUCCGUGCAAACAUGCCUUUCAUAGAAAGUGCCUCAUCAAGUGGUUGGAGGUGAGGAAAGUGUGCCCGCUGUGCAACAUGCCCGUCCUGCAGCUCGCCCAGCAGGCUAGCAGCAUGGAUCCCCCUGUGCCAAUACAGCAGCCUCUGCCUGGGAUUGAGAACCUGGUGUAGCGGACUCAUAGCCUCGCUUACAGUACACUACAGAAACACACAGUCACACAUCCCAUCACUCAUACUCUCACCUGUACAGGUACACUUUGGUAUGAGUCUGUGGACAGACCGGAGAAACUGGAGUUACUGCGCAGAUACACACAAAAAAACUGUGAAUCUGCACGUCUCCUAUCCUUGCAUUAGUUCACAAAAGGAUUUCCUGAUAUCAGUUCUGACUGAUGAUCAACUGUUCUCAUGUUUUUCUUUUUGCGGACGAUGAAGAAGAGUUAAUGUAGAAGAAGUUUCCUUCUUGGCCAAGACAUGGUCGAUAACUUUUUCACAACCAAAGCACUUUUCUGGGUACACCAGCUAAAGACCAGGAGGAGAAAAAAACACAAAAGCCAAGAACUACAACACACUAAAAUAUAAUUUGUUUUUUUUUAACGAGCACUUUACAAGAAUUCAAACCUUAAUUGCUUGUGAUCGUAGUAGCAAGGUCAUGUUUUAUAUUUUAACAUUAACUAUUAUUUCUAUGUACAGUACCAGGCCACAUGUUUUUUUUUUUUUUUUAAUUAGUAAAUUUUGAUUUUUAGACAAAAGGAAAUAUCUCAAAGGGACAACAGCACCUAUGUUGGUAGAUGUCAGGAAACUUGGACAAUGCUUUGUGUUCUAAUUGCACACACACACACACACACACAUAAGAAAUUAAGCUCAAAGCAACCUCGAGACUCCAUGUCUAACUAAAUGUGAAAGGUUUGAAUGUGUUAAAACGCUGGAUUUUUCACACUAAGCCUAUAGAAUUUGUUCCCACAUCACCUGUUUGUCAUUCAUUACAAUAUGACUGUUGUUAUUAUCUUUUUUUAUAUACAAUUCAAUACAGGAAGCUGAUGAAGUGAACAAAUUAUAUAUUCAUUAAAGGAAUUUAUCGGGUAACAUCCUUUAUAUACACAAGUGCUGUUAGGCAUGCAUGGGUAUAUAUACUGUCACCCCCGGCAUUACUCGCGUUUUUUCCUUUAUCAGAAAAAAUUCAGGGCCUCUCCAACAGAAAAUUUUAGUGUCAAAGUAACUACUGUGACUAUCUAAACCAGUAUUAGUGUGUAUAACCUGGUGCUUUAUCUAUAGAGCAGUUUUUUCAGAACAAACACCAGUAAUGAGGCAAUAUUAUACAAAAAUCUAUAAAAUGUUCCAGUGUUACUUUGCUCUGCUGCUGCUGCUGCUGCUGCUGCAUCAUUUCAUUUUGUUGAAGCUGAGCUGUGUGAAUGUUCCAGUGGCUUGCUUCACAAAACAAAACAGCAAAUGUUGAAGAGCCAUGUUGAUAUAUCUUACUGGUAUCACAUAUCCUGCUAGAAAUGGUUGAUUAUUCAAUGUGGGAAGAGACCAGGAUGAAGCAGGCUUUUGCCUUCUGUCCUGUUCAGCUCCUACUUAAAAUGUGCUGCAAACGCAGUUGCAGUUAGUUUUGCUUCUACCCCGAUAGAUAAUCUGUAUUUAUUUUUUUAUAUUUAUUAUAAUUCCUUGGUACAGCUGCAUAGAGUGAAUGAGUUAGCGGAUUUGACACCUGCAUCAGAAUUACUGCCCUCAGCAUAUCAUCAGCAUAUCUUUUGGUCAAGAUACACACUGCUUUGUAAAACACACAUGCACACACAGGGAGGGGACUCGAACUGCCAGCGAGCCAGUUGUCAGCAGGUUGUAAUGAAGCAGCAUUUUCAUUCACACACACACACACACAUACAUAUACAGGGUAGUUGUGCUUUUUGGCUGCAGUAUUCUGGUGCUUUCGCCUCUCUCCCUCUUUCUGUACGGUACAGGGUGCUUUUUGUUUUGUGCCACACAUACAGUAACUCUGAGCCCUGCUGGCUUUUGUGGACAUUUUUUUUGUCCUCACCCCUCUUUUAGCUGCAUUUGGUGAAUGUGUUGUUGUGUAAAUGUGCUGAUCUAAAAUGGUGGCAAAAAAGUUGCGCUUCAGAGUAAUAACCUUAAGAAAAGUUGGAGAUUGCCUUUUACAUGUGAUAUGAAUUGUCAAAUGACAAUUCAUAUUCUUCAGAUAUCUAUUGUUAAAGGCACAAUCCAUGAUCCCAGUGUCAACAAAGGAGUUGUACCACUGUUAAAAAAAACAACUAUAAAAUGGAACCUGUCAGGACUGACACAAUUAAAUCCAACAUUAAAAUCAGAAAUGUGUUCUGCUGCUGUAAAAGACUUGUUUACAUGUUCUUUAAUGUUUACAAACAUUACUGAAGGAAAAAUAAACAACUCAACAGGCUUAUUUUGUGAAUUCCGAUUGGGUUAGAAACAUGUCAAAUGUAUAUUCACAAAUGUCUUUGUGAAUAUACUUAAAAAUAGCAAAACAGAGUGUUGAUUGUACCUUUAACAACACAUUAUUCCCAAUUAGACUGUAUUCUCUAACACCAAACACUGCACGGGGGUUGCACAGGUUCCCAACAUGUGGGUGGUUUUAUAAAACGACAAUGCUUUUCACCACCUAUGGCAUGAAAGCAUUGUUACUCCGACCUCUGUGGUUUGACUGUUUCAUCCCUGUGGAUUGUCUGCCCACACCCUGCAGUGAUGACCUUUUGUGGUUGGGUCAGAGAAAGCAGAAAGGUGAAAAUGUCAACUGUUAGAUGAGAAUAUAAGCAGGAUUUAUCUCUCCUAUGCGAAACACAUUAGUUGGUUGUUCCUUACCCUUAACAAGAUCCAGUCCUCUGGCAUCAAUGCACCACUAUGCCACCACCGAUGAGAAACUAUUAACAUGUUAAUGCAACUCAAACUCAAAAUCAACAUAUUGUCCACAUUAGCCUUAUUUGAACAAAAACUGCCACAAUUACACACAACAAAACAGGGCUGUGUCAAUUGCCAAUAUCACAAGGUCUUCAUUCUACAGUAUAUUCAUUUACAAACUAUUUUAAUUGCCUGGCCUGUUAGUGAAGAGCUUGUGGCUUUAUGUCAAAGAAAAUAAGCAACAUAAGGGCCUUCUUGAGUAUAUUGUGUGGUGUACAGUAUUUGUUACCUUUUUGCUUCUCAGUCUUUGUUUAGAGGACACUGUCCGUCACACCAUUAUCCCCAGAACUUUACUAUGUAAACUAUACAUUGGCGAGUAUUUCUCCUACAGUCCCUAAAAGACAACAGAUUUUGUAGUGCAACGCUAAUAACAAGUCUUAAAGCUUUGUUCCUGCUAAUGGCAUUUUCUUGGAAUGUCAGGUUCACGAGAGAUGGCAAAGAAUAUGAGGAGAUUUAAUAUGAAAGCAUGCUAUUUUGCAUGGUCAAGUUUCCACUGAUUUCACCAUUGUUAAAUGUAUGUAGACAGUAGUAUCAGUAGAGGUAUAUUUAUACAGAGGGUGCACCAAAAAUGCUCCUUCAUAGAAACACUUCCUGCCAUUUGGCUAUCUUAAGUGUUGUGUUUGAUUGUAAACACUUUUAGCCUUUCCACCUGAACUUCCCCAUUUCCUCCCUGUGUGCCGUCCUAAUCCCACUGAAGUGCCAACUGUUAUGAAUCCAGUCCCAACCAAAAAAAAAGAGAGACAGAGAGAUAUGUGAGAGUCUUUCUCAGAUUGUGGCCAAAAAAAGAAUGGAAACUGAACUCAUGAAUAUAGUAAUUAAUUGCUUGUCUGCACUGAAAUCACUAUUGACGUCAAUGCUGCUUGUGAGUUAUCUCCAUUAAUAGACAAGACACAAUCAGAUGAAAUACGACAGUCAGGAGCACCGCUUUGCAUCAAACAUAGUAGAAGUAGAAAGUGUCUGAAUUGGGGAUGCACCGAAAUUCUUGGCCUAAGCAGAAAAUAAUGAAAAUAAUUGCUGAAUACCAGAUACCGAACAAGUACAUUCACAAUGUUUCCAUUUAUUUUCCCUUAUUAUUAUUAUUAUUUUUUUUACCAUUGCAUAAAUUAAAUAGUCAAAAUGUGCUUUUUACUCAGUGUUUCCCACAGGAUUUGGAGAGACUAUGGCCCAAGAGGGUCUGGUAAAGUAAAUUACAUGUAUCCAUUUACGUUUAAUGUACACGUGCAAUAUGUUUUAUAUUUUCUGUGAAUAUUAUACAAAUAAUCUUAUUUCCAUACUGUAUAGACACCUUAUUUUUUAAAAACGGACGUUAUCACGUGUGUAUCCUCGUGCGAGUCCGAUCCAAUUUGAUAAAUAAUGUUGUAUGUGGUUCUCGUAUCGCGCAACAUUAAUACUUCAUAGCCUCUCUUCAGGUAGGACUCUCAUACUGCAACACUUGUCUUUGUAAAGAGAGAAACUGACAGGGCAAAGUCGCUAACCUGCCGGUCACCGCGCGCUGGCCGGUGUCAGUGGAUUUACCAUAAUGGCUGUAAUACGUGUGCACUCUAAAUGUAGGUGCGCCUAGCUUAAUCUCCUCAGAAACAAGUGACAGAAAACACUCAAAGCGGGUCAGACCUUUUGUGGCCUUUUCUAAGAAGUCAGCCACAGAUGAAGUGAUUGUGCUAGGAGACAAUUCAGCAGAACAGUGUCUGCAAAUGGCGAUUUUGGUGUCUUUCUCAGACACUUUAUUCGGGCUUUUGACGUUUUCGGCAAACACUGAAACUGAUUUUUUGUUUGCUAUUUUCAGCGGAUUAAUUUCAGUGACUGAACAUUCGGUGCAUCCCUAGUCUGAACGAUGGCAUCAGAAAGCCAUCAGAUUGUCCUUUCAGUUCAUGAUGUUUGAUGGCAGACAGUGUUCUGGCAGAAUGUCAAAACUAUAGUUUUAUUAAAAAACACAAAAAUAUAAUAUGUAGUAGGCCUACACACACGUUCUCUAUAGAUGGUGAUUUUAGGACGUUUAAUCUAUCACUGCCUCCCUGAAGUGAACUCUCUUGUUUGUAUUGUGUGUUAUUUAUUCUUCUGUAGCUCUCAUAGUGCCCUUUCAACUCACAAAAAACCCUCUUUGUCCAAACAAACCCUCCCAACUUUACCAGCAUACCAGAGCACCCCCCCCCACACACACACACCCUUUUGUUAACACUGAUUAUGUUUGUGGACUCUCACAGACAUUGUUUGUAAAACUAAGAAUUCUGCAGCAGAAUAUUUUUGGAGACAAUUGCUGUACAGUAUUUGUAAGCUCUAUUUUUGUAUAUUGCUCUUUGGGAGAAAAUAAUAUGCAUUUUUUUUCCUUUUCUUGUUUUUUGCUAAUUUCAUGUUUAUUCAUUUUAAGAAAAUGUUGCAUGUGACUGACUUGAACUGUAAAUAAAAUUUCCAAGUUUUGGAAA